UGCCUCUGUUUGCUCCGCACAUCAGCAGCGGAGCUCCUCUCCCCCUCUCAGUCAGACGGACUCAGGCUAGGCAGCGGCAGCGCGUCCGCCCGGAGACACCGAGACCACACACCGCAUAGCGUUACUCCCGGCUCAGCCCGAAACACAAUCACGGUCCUUCCUAAUGGAUGUCUCCUCUUACACCGCCUUUUGACACUGGACGGUGCUCUCGUAGCCGCGUUCAACGUGAUCAACACCUCACCCCCGGCUUGGUUUUCUGAGGUUUGUCUCGACGACACACGGAGAGGACCACACUCCCCCCAUCGUUAGCUCGCUAAGCUAGCUGCUAGCCCGCUAACUUAGCUGUGACACUUUGAACCGUAUCGGCGUCAGUUUUCCUCCUCGUAGCUAGCCUGCGGUGUCUUGCGCCACAGCGGUGGAUUGAGGUGCCCUGUCACUCAAGGAGCAUGUUUGAGUGACAAGCGAAGGAGGAAGUGGGAUCUCUGACGCUCCGCCCCCUCUGCUGGUGGAGCACCCUGCACAUCUGACCAGAGACCCCUGUAGUCAGUUGAACAGGAUGCGGAGGUUCGCCUACUGUAAGGUGGUUUUGGCCACCUCCCUGGUGUGGGUGAUGCUGGACAUGUUCAUUCUGCUCUACUUCAGCGAGUGCAACAAGUGUGAUGAGAAGAAGGAGAGAGGACUGCCCGGGAGAGAAGAUUCCCUGGCCAGGCCGCGGGACGGGCCCGGUGAAGGCGGGAAGCCUGUGGUUAUCCCCAAGGAGAACCAGGAGAAGAUGAAGGAGAUGUUUAAGAUCAACCAGUUCAACCUCAUGGCCUCUGAGAUGAUUGCUCUCAAUCGAACACUGCCUGACGUCCGCCUGGAAGGGUGCAAGAACAAGUUAUACCCUGAUAAUCUUCCUCGUACCAGCGUGGUGAUUGUAUUUCACAAUGAGGCGUGGAGCACACUGCUGCGAACCGUCCACUCUGUCAUCGACCGCUCUCCGCACACACUGCUGGAGGAGAUUGUCCUGGUGGACGAUGCAAGCGAGAGAGAUUUCCUAAAGCGGCCGCUGGAGCAGUACGUCAGAAGGCUGGAAGUCCCUGUCAGAGUGGUGAGGAUGGAGCAGCGGUCUGGGCUUAUUCGUGCUCGCCUCAAGGGAGCGUCCAUCUCCACUGGGCAGGUCAUCACCUUUCUGGAUGCUCAUUGUGAAUGCACAACAGGGUGGCUGGAGCCUCUGCUGGCCCGCAUCAAGCAAGACAAGAGAACAGUGGUGUGCCCCAUCAUCGACGUGAUCAGCGAUGAUACGUUCGAGUACAUGGCAGGAUCCGACAUGACGUACGGGGGCUUCAACUGGAAGCUCAACUUCCGCUGGUACCCUGUACCCCAGAGAGAGAUGGACCGCCGCAAAGGAGACCGCACUCUGCCUGUCAGGACUCCCACCAUGGCAGGCGGCUUGUUCUCCAUAGACAGAGAUUAUUUCCAGGAGAUCGGCACGUAUGACGCAGGCAUGGACAUCUGGGGUGGAGAGAACCUGGAAAUCUCUUUCAGAAUUUGGCAGUGCGGUGGGACUCUAGAGAUCGUCACAUGCUCUCAUGUGGGCCACGUGUUCAGAAAGGCAACACCCUACACAUUUCCAGGAGGAACGGGACAGAUCAUCAACAAAAACAACCGACGCCUGGCAGAAGUCUGGAUGGAUGAAUUUAAAAACUUCUUCUACAUCAUCUCUCCUGGUGUGACCAAAGUGGACUACGGUGACAUCACGUCUCGCACGGCUCUGAGACAAAAGCUUCAAUGUAAACCCUUCAGCUGGUACUUGGAGAACGUCUACCCUGAUUCUCAGAUCCCCAGACACUAUUACUCCCUGGGAGAGAUCCGUAAUGUGGAGACCAACCAGUGCCUGGACAACAUGGCCCGCAAGGAGAAUGAGAAAGUUGGCAUCUUCAACUGCCACGGCAUGGGAGGCAACCAGGUUUUCUCGUACACGGCCAAUAAGGAGAUCAGGACAGACGACUUGUGUCUAGACGUGUCCAAGCUGAACGGACCUGUCAUGAUGCUCAAGUGCCAUCACCUAAAAGGCAACCAGCUCUGGGAGUAUGACCCUGUGAAGUUGACCCUGGUCCACGUCAACAGUAACCAGUGUCUGGACAAGGCCAGCGAGGAGGACAGCCAGGUGCCCAGCGUCAAAGACUGCACACACACACGCUCCCAACAGUGGCUACUCCGCAACGUCACACUACCAGAAGCCUUCUGACCACACUCUGCACACUCACAAACGCACACACUCACACACACCGCGGCCCAGAGCAAGCAAUCAGGGGAACAGACGUGUUUAUUAAAAUUGGGCACAAGGAGAGGAAAGACUUCCCACGAGGGGAUUCGGGAAGAGAGGAGGACGGACUGGACGGUACUACCUCUGCCAGAGAUCAGAGGAAGGAGUGUGUUUGACCCUCCUCGAAGCGAGAGAAGAGGAAAGAGUCCCUCUAGGAGACGACGGCUGUUGUUUUACGUUUGUUUUUUGUUUUUUUUAUAAGAGAUUUUAACCGCAGUGAGGGACUCACUCGCUGGGCGCGACUGUAAAACUGACCAGUGGAGUGGAGGUUUGCACUCACAGCUUCCCUGGACAAAGCAGUCCACCCCUCAACUCAUCACUUAACGUUUACUGACUGCCUCUUAUGAGAGAGUGUGUGCACUUACAUGUUUGUGUGUGUGGCUGUGAAUGGAUGUGUGUACUCCGAGAUGAAUGUAUGCUUUGAGAAGGGGGCUGAAUUCCUUGUUGAUUUCUUUCUUUCUUUUUUAAUUUAAUUUUGUCAUGGAUUUUGAAAAUGAACUCUUAUGAAGAAGGGUGCAUGUGUGUGUGUGUGUGUGUGUGUGUGUGUGUGUGUGUGUCAGAGCCCCUCCUACAGUCUUGCGGCAGUGUAUGUCUCCCUCUGGUGUUUCUCCUCGGCAUCUCAUCCGACAGACUGAAGCCUCCUUGCUGAGGAAUUUCCAAGGGACCGCACAUUGAAACAAAAAAAAAAAAAAAAAGAGAGAAAAAAAAGGAUGACCGAACACGAGGACCUGACGUCUGCCAUCCGCAGAGAUCUAGAGAUAGAGAAAUAUGAUGUUUGUGAUAUCUUGAGAUUUCUAUGUCAAGUUUUUACAUGGCUUUGUCUGUUUCUACAGUCCUGUGAGAGUGCCACAGAGCAGUAAUCCUAGUCUGUCUGUCCGUCUCUGUUGUCUUUAAAGAUGUUUAACAUAGAGCUUACACACACACACACACACACACACACACACACACACACACAGGACUCUGCAUAUGUAACUGAUGUUCUCUGCCUCAUGUAGUGUUAAACUAUAGGGAGCUCUCCCAUAAGGCACUACAUCGUCACACACACACACACAUCCUGUAUACAUAUAGGAAAAUGGCAGCACUAGCCUGAUACUUUAAUCCAUUCUGUCAUAUCUUCUUCUCAAUGACCUCUUAAAAAAAACACUCCAAGGGCUUCUUUCCUCCGGUGGAGUGUGUGGAUGGAUGGUGUGUGUGUGUGUGUGAGCGUGUCUCCAGUACUAAUCCCCAGUCCGUCAGCUCCCUGUUUACUAGGACAAAACAGCUCUCUGAUUCCUCGCUGUUGGACAAACAGAGCCCGUAGCGUAGACUGACGUCAGAUCAGCGCACCCCUGCGUUUGUUGUACAAAAGAGCAAAAAGCUGCUUUUAUUUUCUAAACAGAGCCGAGUCUCCGCACUCUCCUGAGGACAUAUCUACAGGAGGAAAGGAAGCCUGGGAAGCGGUUGUUGAAAUAUCAAAGAGACGUCGCCGAGGUGUGUUAGGAGACUUAAUCAGGGACAGAAUAAUAAUUGUAGAGAGCCGAGGGGAGUGAAGAGUUGAACUGUGGAUCACAAAGAGUGCAGCAGCAGCAGACAUAUCUUAAUCCAUAACUACAUAUCUCACUGUGCAAGCUCACCUGCAGUAUUUCACUAUCCAUAUCUCAGUGAGCCAGACAGCUUAACAGUUACAGUAGUGAUUUCAUUUUCAUUUCAACCAUCAUGCUUUUCUUUAUUUUUUUGUAUCACUCCUGUGGGUCAGAGCAGGAGAGGUGAUUUCAUAAAGGUUUUAACCAUUUGGGCUUCCUCCAGUGGAGGAGGGGUUUACACAUAGGACACUGGUUCAUCUUUGUUGUGGACACGAUAGUGAGAGGAGGCCGUCGACUGAUUUCAUGUCUGAGCGAGUGACUGCGUCGGGAGUAUGUGAACGUUUAUUUUGUUUUGUUUUGUUUUGAUUGUGAGACAGAGGGAGAUUGUUCAGAUUCUUGGGGGGGAGGGUUUGAAGUUAACUGACAUGUCCAGACUUCCACACUGAGCUGAUCCAAAUGUAGAAAAUAAAGGUGAAAAAGUUUACAGAACAAUACGAGGACA